AUGACUAGGUCUGAAGUUAAACUAAAAUUGCUGUGUCACCCUCGAGUUGACACAAAAUCUCGUGUUUCUGAUGAUGUCCUCUUGGAUUCCCGCGAUAAUCAUGGCAUUCUGCCUGGGGACAUAAUUGAGUUGCGGCAUCCUGAUCAUCCGAAUCCCACGCUCUUUCUCGUUAAAUCCCUUCGAGAGGACUUUCAGCACAAAGGCAGGGUCAUUAUUCACAAUGAACGAUAUUCUAUUGAAGAAUGGAAAAAGAGCUUUUCUCAGCUCAUGUUAGCCUUCAAAGGCUAUGAGCAGGAGAUAAGGAAUUAUGUCCUUAGAAAUCUUCCCGGUAUCAAUGAUUCCAAACACGUGUCUAUUCGCCUUUCGACCGCCAGAGAGACCAAUAUUUUGGAAGGGCUCAAUUUGGCUCUCUCCAGCUACGAGUGUUAUAAUGUUGAUCGAAGUUUUGAUCGAACUGGCAACGCUUGCAUUGUGAUAUCUCCGGGCUGUGGUGUCUUCGACGCUAAUUGUGAUAUAGUCUCAUUCACUAAGCGACGAGUGCUUGAUUUAGGAACAGUGGUCCAUUUAGUCUGUUUGGGUCACCAGCCUCUUCACGCUGUUCCCCUAUUUGUGUGUCGGGAUUUCGCAAAUCCGGCAAAUCCCGAAGUGUACAUUGUACCACAUUGGAUGAAUCACAGCUUUUUCCGUUCUUCGCGGGAGAUCUGUGCUCUGAAGAACUCAGAGACUGUACCUCGUAUAAGCGUGAAGGCGCGAAAAUUUAAGAAAUCAGGUGACUCAUGCUAUUGGCGGAAGAAUUUGGAAAAGGAGGGAGAAGGGGAACAUGAUCAAAACACUUUGCAGGGCAUCUUCGAGCCUGCCAAAAGCCUUCGGGAGCUUCAACGCCUGCGGCGUAGGACGCUCACAACUUUGGUCUCCACAACCAUGCCUGGCAAGACUCGUCAUCGCACUAUCUCUCUCGAAGAAGAGCUACUCUUAGCAUCGAUCGCAAUGGUUAGUACCAGACCUAUGGAAGGUGGUCUGAGCGCUUCAGAACUCGACAGCUUUGGAAGCACUUCCUCAACACACGGAUGGAACGUCGGUGCACAUCUACGCUCGCGAACCCAAAGCUAUAUGUGUAGCGAGACGCACAGCCCGCUUGGUGGAAACCUGCUGCUGACAGACGAAUUUUCUCCAGAGGCUCGGGAUGAACCUCCGUGGUUGACACUCUACGGAUAUCCUACACCGGAGAGUGGUUGCACUAGCGCUGCCAAGAAAGGCCUCGGUGAAAGAAAUUACUCGAACGUUACAGAGGCUUUGAUUCGUCGAAAACCUCAGGACCUCACACAUUCUUAUCAGAGCGGAAGCAGUUACCAGCCUCAAGUUCAUAGCCGCCCCUGUAAGAAUGCCGCCGCGCCUGUGGACUUCCUUGCCGGUGCCUCAGCGUCGUCGUGGCAGCCGACGGGAGAUAGGGAGGUGGGAAGACGUCAAUCGCAUCCAGUGUCGGCAAAGAAUGCAAGCAAGAAGCCCUUACUGCUGACGUCGACUGAGACGGCGGUGGGGGGAGUUUUCCGAACAUUUCCCUUUGGCAUUCAUCCACAGCUGUUCGGUGUCCGUAAGACGACUAGCCAGCGGCGUUGGGGUCAUUUUCAUACUACAGUUCAGAUUAUGCGAUUGAAUUGCUAUAAAUCCUUCACACUUCCCAAUGAACCCAUGGGAGAAUCAUAUUCCCGUGGAACAACCCUGCUAAUAAUUCCUUGUAUCUGGCACGCCUACUUUGCAUUCCAUCGCUACGUUGUGGCGACCCUAUUAAAUGAGGCAGAAGUGAAGACGCGCAACCAACAGCAACAAGGAAUUGAAAACAUUCGAAACCCCUUUUCAGUUCUGCCUUUGCACAAGUCUACAGAGCACCAGAUGCUAACCACUUCGUCAGGUGGGGACAUCCCAAGCCAGUGCCCUCCGGCUCCCAAGGUGAUUGACAGCAAAGGCUCAUUUUCCUACGGACGGAUGUCAAUACCAUUCAGCGAUCUACCACACCAGUUUACCUGUAGUGCGGCAUGGCUGGCGCUAUGCGCAGCAGUGGAUUCUCCCGACAUCGCCCAAGUCUGUUCACAUGGGAAUGCGGAUAUAAUCUCCUCCGGAGAGGUGAAAAGCCUUGAGAAGGCCUUCGCUUCCGUCUCCGCCGAAUUCGGCGUUGAACGCGUGGGCGGUGCGGUGCCAUCCCUUGUGCCCCAUCAUCGACGCAUAGACUGGAAAUCCCUGACCACGCCUGCUCUGCUGCCACUCACCACUGAUUACUUUCCGGAGGCGUCGAGCCUUCUGGGCGAGGGCUACAUGAUCCACGAAUACCGGAUCGUUCUGAUCACUGUUUCAGAGAAGGAGUGGGACCUCCAUUUCGAGACGGGAAUGGACGAGAUAUCUCUCGAUUUCUUUGCUACGGGCAAUAUUCAUUCACAUGACCACACGCAAAACAGAAUGGACAGUUGGAGAGUAAAAGUUACUUUUUACGCAUCGCCUGUUGUGCGCGAAAUCCCGCCACCACCGAAGCGUGACACAGCAUUGCCGAAUAUGGCGCGUUUCAUGGGCGCUACAAUCACGCUCGUAUCCUUCCCUCUGCGUUGUGUCACGAGGUGUCAGCACUGCUUUCCCUACAUGUCAUUACCGUUUGAUGACAUACUUCCCCUUUAUCACUCCGGCUGUUACGAGAGCCCCAAGGUGUGGCUCUUCGUGGUCACAUCUUAUCUUCCUGAAGUCUCCACUUUCCGCGACGUGGAAGUCAUAGUCAACAUCAAUGGUGAUGAAUUUGUGGAGCUGCUUAUUGCUCUCUCCCCGCCUACCCAUGGUCUAGCUUGGUCAUCCCCUGUGGUGGAGGUUACUCUCUGGGCGCUUUCGCCUUGCGUGACCAUUCCUGGUCACCUCGGGAGUCUGUCCACAUGUCUUUCCGUUGGAGGCUCUGGCGGCAUGCAGGAGAGAGACACCAAGGCCUUUCCGGGACUGGCGUACUCGCGUCAUCCGCUCUCUGGUCAGCAGGUUCUCGAGGAGCUUGUCUCUCAACGGGUUGCCCAGAAAGAAUUAAACCUUGAGUGUGCCACCAAAGUCUCCGAGGCAGAUCGACCACCACGGUCCAGUCCACAUGGCUUUUUUGGAUCGGCCUCCUCGAAAACGGAAAGUGGUAUUUGUCCUCCGCCUCACACUAGGGACGUUCUACAUCUAUUUCAUGGUGUUAGACUCAAUCAAACUGUUUCCGGCACAGAACUUGGUGCCACCACUUAUCACGCAUGUUAUAUGUACGUGACGCUGGUAGUAGACGUGUUAAACCAGAGCAGAAUUUCGAGUUUUAGCGCUAUCGGUAUCAAAGAAGAUGAUGACGAAGAAUCAUCAUUUGUGCGCGGCUUCCAGUUGUGCAUCGAGGAGGAAGCAGCAUCAACAAGUGUCACCAGUGCCACACCCCUGAAGACAUCGGACGCACGCCACUCAGUCACCUCAUCUAAUUCGCCAGCAGAGCAGCUCUCGGGUUCCCUAACACCAGUUCCACCCACACCGAAGCGUGCCAUCCACUCCCACAGCCUCGCUUUUCGACUACGCCACCAGGUAGCACAAAAGGCUGGAGCUACAAAGGCGACGAUAAUGCCAACGGGACUUCAGGAAAGGCUUGGUCCACCCGUCACCCCUCAGCCGCGAAUGACUGCCCAGUCACCGUUCACCGGAAGUCUAGCUUCUGCCUCCAAGACGGUGCCUUCCACAACGCUGUGCGUGGCAUUCAGGCGCACGGGGCCAAGAGUCACCCAUGCCAACGCACCACCGCACCGUUUCGAUGACAAACCACGUGGAAUAAUGUUGGGACCCGUCCUUAUUUUCUUACUUUCCAACCUUGCAUUUGCUGUCACAGAGACCCUCCUCUGUCCCUCCGGAUGUUAUUGUCCGUCAGAGGAGGUUGCUCACUGUUGUCUCUUCCCCUCGGACUAUCCCUCGCCUGUCCAAUGCCAUUUGCCUGGUCGGCGACAAAUUUCCGCCAACGCGAACUCCGCUCUACGAUGGCCGACCAUGGACACUUGUUUGACCAGGUGGACUGAGCUUUCUGUUCAACUCCUUCCUGACUCUUGGCCACCCGCCCCGCCCAAGCGAUCGUGCACAGCUCAAUUGCGUCGCAUUUCCAUCUCCGGUGGGGGACUGAUCACUCUAAGUGCUCAGCACUUUCAAACCCUCUUUGGUCUGCAAGAGAAUCAGUUAAAGGUUCUGGUGAUCCAAAACACUCGCUUGGAGAAUCUACAAGCAGGUCUCUUUGACCGGCUCUCCUUGAAGGCACUAAGUGAAAUCCAUCUAAAUCAGAACUACAACCUCAGCUAUAAGGGUUUUGGCGUAUCUGUCUUCUCUAAUCUGCCGCAAUUGGAGACCCUGAAUCUGGAGAGCAAUCGCAUUGAACGUCUAGACUUUGUGCGAUGGGGCUUUCCUACGAUCAAUAAGGUAAAAUCGGCCAGCCGUCUUAUCUCUCUCAAUCUAGCCAACAACAGCCUGACGUACAUAAAACCGGGCGCCUUUAGUUUGUUCCCGUUCUUGGAAGUACUCUCUCUGGCAAAUAACAAACUUUCUAGUCUUUCAUCUGAUGUAUUUGAAGGUCUCACUAGCCUGAAGCGUCUGGAUUUAUCAGGCAAUCUACUGAAUAUUAUGGGGUUGAAGAACUCUAUACCCGAUUUCAGCAUCACAUUGGCUAAUCUGGAGUUCCUAGAUAUCUCCAUGAAUCCCCUCAUGCGAAGUGUUUACACCGACACAGAUAAAUGGUGGCUCUCCUCCGGGUGUCCUGCCUCUCUCACCCACCUCAUCAUGAACCACAUUGAUGUGGAUCAGGGUCAAGAGUCGCCUCUCCUUCCGCGGAUCGACUGGGUGAGGUGUCAGAAGUUGGCACAGGUGGAAAUCCAACAGAUACCCCGGCUUUCUUGUCUUCCUGCCCCCUGGCUACGGUCUGAUGUUCUUCCGACGCAUCCGGCGCUCAUCACUUCUGCGACACGUGUCUGCAUUCCGCCUAUCACUACUACCACAACCACUGUUACUGCUCCCAGCACAAGAACUACGACUAUUCGACCACGACCUGCGCCUACUACCGCUACUACAGGGUCUGAACCCUUGGGCUUGCGGGAGCUUAUCGUCAGCUCUGUGGUCGGUGCGGUUCUCUUCCUUCUCCUUGUAUUGCUCAUCAUUAUUGUCUUCAUGUGCCGUCGGAGACGUUGGAUGUAUGGGCCAGUUGCAAAGGAGAACGGAAAGCUGGGAGGUGGUGCGUCGAGAGCUGGAAGGCGAGAGAGACCCAUAACAUCAACUUACAUCCCCGCACCAGAUUGUCAACUCCCCCUCGCUGACAACGAUGAUGGCGAGUUGUCGGCUUCUUCAAUGCGUCAGACGGAGUCUCGCAUCCUCUACGACGAAAACGGUGUCCCUGUCUGCAGUGUGGUCGUGCCAGAGGUCGGCUCCCCCACCGCUGUCAUGUUGUCUGACGGCACUCUUGCCUACGUGCCUCAAUUCAUCCCUAUCUCAGGUAGAGCCACGCCAUCCAGCCAUACGGGUCUUCUGGACAAUAGUUACCGAAGCUCGCGUCUUCUACUUAAGCAACCAGUCAUGGUUCCGCUGAUGACCAGUCACGCCUCUCUAGCGACCUCGCAAAUCGAUUUCCCACGUCAACAACAGCGGCCGCCAUCGUCGUCGUAUCAACCUCUCGGCAAGACUAGACCCCGUUUGCCUAAUCAUCAUCAUCACAACGGAAGUAGUAACAAUGCGCCGACGUCGACACUAUCGUGUAAAUCCACCUCUUUCUCCUCUCUUGGAGGUUCCGUGCACUCGGAGAUACCACUGCAUGCGAGCGCUUUUAGCGCCAGUCCACCACCUCUAGCGACCGUUGUACAGGCGACUAAACCCUCUUCCCCUCCCUCCGCCUCCCCCUCAGCUGUGUCGUCCACUGAAGAGCCCUCCUUGAUUGUUGGGCCUGGAGGUGCUGUCACUACUGCUUCCACUACCACUUCCACCGCUAAUCCCUCUCCGAAUAGCCACUCUGAUGACGCUACGUUGCUUGCUCCCAUUUUUGCGAUUUCAACACGUUCACGACCAGGAUCCCAGGCGAAAAUUGACCACCGCAUCUCAGAUGUCUUUUCCGACUGA